GCUGUCUUUGUCUCCUGUCUACUCUUCUAAAUUCCUGGGAUUAUGUUCACUUCCAGGUUGCAGGUUUAAGGAUGUUAGAAGAAAUCUUCAGAGAGAUAUAGAAGAACUAAAGAACUAUGGGACCCAGGAUGUAUUCGUGCUCUGUACCAGAGGAGAGCUCUUAAAAUACAGAGUACCCAACCUUAUAGACGCCUACCACCAGCAUGAGAUCUGCGUGCACCACUACCCUAUUCCUGAUGGGGAUGCUCCUGACAUUGCCAAGUGCUGCAAAAUUCUGGAAGAGCUCAGAAGCUGCCUGGAAAGUAACCGGAAGACUGUCAUACACUGUUACGGUGGCCUCGGACGCUCCUGUCUCGUAGCUGCGUGUCUCCUGCUUCAGCUCUCGGAUGCGCUGGCACCUCAGCAGGUGAUAGACAGCCUCAGAAACCUGAGGGGCUCGGGGGCGAUACAGACCAUCAAGCAAUACAAUUACCUCCACGACUUCCGAGAGAACCUAGCUGCGCACCUGGCAACGAAGGAGCCGAUACAAAGAUCGGUGUCGCGAUAA